AUUAUCUUAAAACGACAGCGUUUGUUUUGCCACACGGAUCCACCUGAAAUCUGUGGUUUCCUUCGAAAUUCCUGUCAAGUUGGAAACUUUUUCCAUUUUUGCUUGCUGGGUUGCUUCUAAAAUCAAGAUUUGAAUUGUGAAUUAUAACAAGCAAUGGUGAAGGAAACUGCAUACUAUGAUACAUUAGGUGUUAGUGUUGAUGCAUCUGCUGCAGAUAUCAAGAAAGCAUAUUAUGUCAAGGCAAGAAUAGUUCACCCUGAUAAAAAUCCCGGGGAUCCUAAGGCUGCAGAAAAUUUUCAGUUGCUUGGCGAGGCCUACCAGGUUUUAAGCGAUCCUGAGAAGCGUGAAGCAUAUGACAAGAAUGGAAAGGCAGGAGUGUCAGAAGAUUCCAUGAUGGACCCUACAACUGUAUUUGGAAUGCUUUUUGGAAGUGAUUUUUUUGAAGAAUAUAUUGGAAAACUCGCACUUGCUAAUUUAGCAUCUAUAGAAGUUGAGGAAGACGCAUCAUCGGAUAUUCAACGUCUGCAGAGAAUUCAAGAAAAGAUGAAAGCAUGGCAGAAGGAAAGAGAAUUGAAGCUGAUAACAAUUCUGAAAGACCGUCUGCAACCAUUUGUUGAUGGUAGAGAAGAUGAGUUUACAACAUGGGGAAAUUCUGAAGCGAGGAGCCUUUCAAAAGCUGCUUUUGGAGAGGCCAUGCUACAUACAAUUGGUUAUAUCUACACACGAAAAGCAGCAAGAGAACUAGGAAAGGAUAUCCGGUUCAUGAACGUUCCCUUCUUGGCAGAGUGGGUACGAGACAAAGGACACCGUAUUAAGUCACAAGUGACGGCAGCCUCAGGAGCCGUGUCCCUAAUUCAAAUACAAGAAGAGCUCAAGAAGCUAAAUCAAGGAGAAAAUAAAGAAGAAAACAUAAUGAAAGCUCUUGAAGAUAAGAAGGAUACCAUGGUUAAUUCCUUAUGGCAGAUAAAUGUGAUUGAUAUUGAAUCUACUCUCUCACAUGUUUGUCAAGCAGUUCUUAAGGAUCCUAGCGUGUCCAAAGAUGUUCUGAAGGCUCGGGCCAAAGCAUUGAAAAUGUUAGGAACCAUCUUUCAAGGACAGGGUGCUAAGGACGCUUUUAGGAGAGAAAACAGUCUACGCCAAGAAAAUGACAAACUGGUUGAUGCUAGUUCCUCGUCAUAGUCAUCUUGUUCAGUUUCUUCAAUGGUUGAUCAUGUUCUUGUGACCUUUUGGCUCUCAAUGGAAUUUGAACCUUAUUUCUUCCAAUGUUAAUUGGCAUGAAUAUAUAUACUUUCAAUUUGAUUUGUGAAUUGGACACCAUAAUGCAAUCUGCAUGUAAGUUUUUAGCUUAUAGUUUGUAAAGCAAUUAAUGACUUAGUGUUUAUUAUAACACAAGUGUCCAUUCUAAAUUCCUGUCAUUGGAGAUAGGAUAUGUAGAUGGACAUUCUUUCUGUAUGAGCAGAUGUUUAUUUAUAUAUUUAUUGCUUCUGUUGUAUGA